CUUGCUACCAUCGAUAUUCUAGAACCCCAUCUUAAAAGAUCGAUGUGCACCCGAGUACUUUUGGAUCCUCGAAAAGAAAAGAAAAUUAAAUACCCAUGCCCAUAAAUUCUCCCCCCUUCGCGGUGCUUCGUGUACCAAACAACCUCUGGGAUCCCUGCUUCUUUUCUUUUUCUUUUUCUGCAAGAAAUGACAGACAUGGCUCGUCCCCUCAGACCACUCCGUCCUGCUGCCAUUCGUCCGCGCAACGAGCCGCUCCCUCCCCAACCCCGUGAUCGUGUCGCCUCCGCAUGCGACCAAUGCCGCACACGGAAGAUAAAAUGCAACGGCGAAAGACCUACAUGCCUUGAAUGUACCAAGCGCUCCACCGCAUGCCACUACGCCACGCAGUCAGCGGAAACACAGAACCAGGCCCUAAAGCGCAAGUUCAAAUUGUUGCAAGCCGAGAACGAGGCAUACACUGAGUUCUUCGAGUUGAUGAAGACUAGUUCGGAUAGUGAGAAUCGGGAGUUGAUGAGGAGGGUCAAGAUGGGGGGUGAGAUUGAGGAUGUGUUGAAUAGAAUUAAAGAGGCGGAUUUACUUGUUCAGUUGAAUCCGAGAGUGGAAGAUGGGAGCAGAGUGCAGUAUACAUUACCGAGUUUGGCGAGCGUGGUGCCGAAAAAGGGCAUGUUCAUGCCCGAUAAUCCUUAUUUCGCUUCGUCGUCGGGGUCUCAGGCAAAGUCUUAUCAUAGGAAAGGUUCUGAGUCCGGCGAUACAGCGGCGCAGUAUCCAAGUCCACCCAUGUAGUCGCUGUGUGGCGAUGAUUUGGACCGAGAUAAUUCCAGAGAAUCGGGACAGUUGAGUGAGCGUCAGGCGUCCACAACAAGCCCGAACACCGAAUCUCUCCGGACAUAUCCGUUCAACCCCCGGAAGUGGUUAUUCCACGUACCGCAUGUUGCGAACGUCUAGCCGCU